AUGCCGUUUAAUCGUCUACGACGCUGGCGAGCGUUUUUGCUCUGUCGAUUUGAGAAUCAUGUAGAAGAUCAUGUCUAUUCAACUUACAAUGAAACCUUCGGCAGUGAAUCUGUCUCAUCGAAAGACACACAUAGUCAUUCAAGUUCAUCUGACGGCGGCAUAUCAUCAGAUCAACAAAGUUGGAUGAGUAGUCAAACGAAUGUUUAUGAUCAAAUAUGUUAUGAUUCAAUUCAUACGAAUACAGAUAAUAAUUCUCCAUCGAAAUAUAAUGAUCCAUCACCACCAUACGUUCCAUCAUAUUUAUCAGAUGAUGCAACUGAACAUUAUUAUGAUCGUUUGCCAACACCAGCAUCGUUAAUUACAAAUGAAAGCGUUCCAUUAAAACCUAAUCUGACCAAGCAACAAUCAAAUACAAAAAAGGAGUUACACAAAGAAUUAAUUUAUAAACAAAAAAUGGGACAAUUAUUACCUAAGAAGCCAGAAUUACUUAAUGUUUUUAAAAAUCGACGCGAUGAAGAGAAAAAACGUGAAGAUGAGCGAACGCGUGAACAAACAAAAUUAGAACAAAUUCUUGCACGACAACGACAAAAAAUUGAUGAAUCAGAAAAUGUUUGUUCAAUCUCCAGUAAUGAAAGUGCUUAUUCGAAUGAAUUUGAAUUUGUUUAUCAUCGAAUUCGUCAACGGCAGAAAAAAAACGAAUGA